AUGUUUCAAUGGCUGAAAUUUGUUGGUAUUAAAGGCUUUGGUGGAAGCCCCAAUCUGCACUAUUCUAAGAUGGACACUGAUUCUGACCCUGCAAUUGACCUUAAUUCUGAAAUUGAUCUAGAAGCCAUUACUGGCCAACUUCCUGUUGUCCAAGAGACUGCCCCAGAUGGAAAUGGUGGACAAAGUCCAGUGGAAGCAAAUGCAGUGACUAACCCAGACCAUGCUGGUGGUAGUGGACCUAGUGGUGGACAAAAUAAUCCAGUGGAAGCAAAUACUAGAAAGAGAAAGGAAGUCCACCAAAGAUCAAUUGUUUGGGACCAUUUCAAUGCUAUUAAAGAUGCUGAUGGGGUAAUCAUACAAGCUAAGUGUUCUUACUGUGCUCGUAUUUAUAACUGUCAUGCCAAAAAAAUGCCUGCUGUAAAUGUGGGUGUAGUCCCUAAUAGUGGUCCUCAAAUGUGCAAUGUUGCUAAUUGGAAAUUUGAUCAGGAAGCCAUUAGAAAGGCUGUGUCAUACAUGAUUGUGGUUGAUGAAUUGCCUCUGAAAUUUGUUGAGAAACAGGGUUUUAAAAAGUUGAUGAGUAUUGCAUGUCCUAGGUUUAAAAUUCCAUCUAGAUGGACUGUAAAUAGAGACUGCUAUGCCAUGUUUGUGGAAGAGAAGCUGAAACUGAAACAUUUUAUGAAAUUUAAUACUCAGAGAGUAAGUCUAACUAGUGAUGCAUGGACUUCUAAUCAAAGAAUUAAUUACAUGUGUGUCACUGCCCAUUUCAUAGACACUGAGUGGAAGCUUCAUAAAAAGAUAAUUUCUUUUGUACCUUGUUCUAGGCAUAAGGGUGAAUACUUGUCUAAGGCUUUAGAAACCUGUUUGCAAGAGUGGGGGCUCAAGAAUAUCUUUACUGUGACCCUUGAUAAUGCUGAAAAUAAUACUGCUGCCAUGAGUUUUUUCAUGAAAAAAAUGCUGACUUGGGGUUGUAGUCCUGCUAGAUGUAAAUUUGCUCACAUGAGAUGCAUAGCUCAUAUUCUUAAUCUGGUUGUGUCUGAUGGUCUAAAAGAAAGUGGAGCUUCUGUUCAAAAAGUUAGGGGGGUUGUUAGAUAUAUUAAAAACUCACCUCUUAGACUAAGUAAGUUUAAGGAAUGUAAAAAGACAUGUGAGUUAGAAUGUAAGCGUUCAUUAUGUCUAGAUGUCCCAACUAGAUGGAAUUCAACUUAUCUCAUGUUGAAUACUGCCUGUUUGUAUCAAAAAGUCUUUGAGGAGUAUGAAGAAACAGAGUCAAGCUUUAAAAAAGAUUUGGGUGAUAGUGUUCCUGGUUUCUUGGAUUGGGAACAUGUUAGGGAGUUAUGUGGCAUGUUAGAAUGUUUUUACAAAAUGACAUUGAGAAUUUCUGGUUCUCUUUAUGUGACUUCUAACAACCAUUUCAAUGAAAUUUCUGAUUUGUGUACAAUCUUGCAAGACUGGACAAGGUCUGAUGAUGUGUCAUUGAGGUCUAUGGGGUCUAAAAUGAAACAAAAAUUUGAUAAAUACUGGGGUGAUCCUAUUGUAAUGAACAAGUUGAUAUUCUUUGCUAACAUUUUAGAUCCUAGGGAUAGAAUUCUUUAUUUGGAGUACACAUUGACUCAUAUGUAUGGUGUUCAAGAGGGUAAAUUUCUGUUUUCUGGUCUGAUGGAUGAUUUGCUUGCAUUAUUCAAUGACUAUGAAUUACAACAUAAGAAAGAAAAGGCCAUUGGUGGUGGCCAGACUAGUGUGUCAUCUGAGCAUGUUGGUGGCUUAUCUCAAGCCAAUUCUGUGUUGAAAGAGAGGUAUCUACAAGAAAUGAAGGAGACUGGUGGUGUUGGUGGGACCAAGAAAUCUGAAUUGGAUUUGUACCUUGGAGAGGCAGUAGUUGCAAAUGAGGAGAAUUUUGACAUUCUCAGAUGGUGGAAGCUGAACUCAGAGAGGUUGCCUGUCCUCUCUAAAAUGGCUAGAGACAUUCUUGCAGUCCCAGUCUCCACAGUUGCUUCUGAGUCAGCAUUUAGCACUGGUGGAAGAGUGCUAGAUGACUUCAGGAGUAGCCUGACUCCAACACUUGUGGAAGCUCUAAUCUGCACUCAGGAUUGGCUUAAAGACCCAACUAAACCUGUUUCUGUUGAGGAGUCUUUGGAUGAAUUGGAGCAGUUUGAAGAAGGAUUGACUUGUGAAGGAAAUUUUGAAGCUGUACAGGCUUGUUUUGACCUAAAGCUGACAGAUUUAGGGUAUAUUUUUGGUGAAUAUUUUGUACACCCAUUAACUGUCGAGGAACAACUCGAGCAGGUCCAGAUUGCAGAUAAGUCACCUAUGUCUCCGACUCUAGUUUGGAUUGUAAUGGGCUCCCUCGCCAGUACUCCCUUCGUAACUCCUACCGGUAGGUUAACCGUUUUUGCUGGAGGUGGAUCACUUGUUUCUUCUUUUUCAUUUCCUGGGGGAAAGCAAAUUCAAAGUCGGGGGUCCAUUGCUCUACGUCUUUCCAUCAAUGAGUGGUGGUGGUGA